UUGAGUGAUCGGGGCUCGCCCCUCCAAGAUCAGAAGAGAAAAAAGUGAAGUAGGAUGGUUGGAUCUGACUUUUACUGCAGGACGGGGGUGUAGGAUCAGGAGUGAUCUUUGACCAGUUACCUUCAGAUUAGAUCUUCCCGAGGGGGCGGGGCCUGAAAAGCCCAGGGUUGUCAAAAUGGCAGCAACGUCCUCCUUGCAGAGCAAAGGUCUGGGUCUGGUUCUGGUGGAAUUUGGGUAUGAGUACGAGGGUCGGGAUGGGGCGCUGGUCACAAUCAAACCCAAUGAGCGCUACAUCCUCCUGGCGAAGACCAACAACCACUGGUGGCAGGUCCAGGAGGAUCGCAGCUCCAAGCCCUUUUACAUUCCGGCCAAGUACGUCAAAGAGCUGCCGUUGGAGUUACCCUCUCCUCUGGACUUUGCUGAUCCUCCCAGUCCCGAACUGGUGCUGCCUGUCGUGGCUCCAAUCCCUGUGGUGGUGCCUGUCCCCAUCCCAAAGCCUCUAGAAGAGUCCAGAACCAAACCAAGUGAUGACAUGACCAUCAGACUCACACCCGAUGCGGUCAAAAGGCACCACAAAAAUGAAAAUCGGAUGUCUACAUUUGGCGUCCCGCUCGACUUCCAAGAUGCGGCACCUCGGCUACCUGGGGCCCCUGCUGGUCCUGCAGAGCCCGGGUCAACAGCAAACAACAGAACUGCAAACUCCGCCGAUGGCAAGAAGCCGCCCCACCUAUCAGGCUACGUGGAGGACGCCAGGGACGCCGGGAAACCUCGCGUUCCCAGCUUCAGUCCGGCAGACCCCCUCUCAGUGCCCCGGCCCCAAGCCCAGCCCAUUCGGGUGGAGACACCAGUGAUCCCGCCCCACAGCAGCCUCCACAACAUGUCCUCAUCCCCAGCAGGACGUCCGGAUGGCCACGAGUCUCCAAUAGAGUCAGAUGAGGAGGAGCUGGCAGAGGAAGAAGCAAGCGUGGAGGAGAGCGUGGAGGAGAGCGGUGAGGAGGGGCGGGACUCAGUGAAGGGCGAGGAUUCACACCACAUCUACGAGUCCAUCCAGGACCUGAACCUGGACCUGGAGGCUCUGGUCGGAGCGAGAGCGAGCCCUGCAGCACAGGUCGAGCCUGCAACACCUGAGGCUGCACCAGCCCCACCUCCCACACAGGACCAAAGCUUGCCCGACCCUCUGUCGCCCAUCUACGCCAACGUCCCAUCUCUGAAGAAAUUGGCUCCGCCUCAGGGCCCUUCUGGCUCCUCCCUCUCCUCUCCACCUCCCACAGACCACUCCCUCUCAACAUCAGACCACAGCCCAUCAUCUUCUACCUCCUUGGGCAUGACCAGCCCCAACUGCCCAGUCAGCGCACAGGACAGAUUGCAGGGCCACACUGAGCAGGACAGCGGGAGGCAGCCUGGAACCAACCACAUGAACAACUCUCGCAAUCCUCCACCCGUGCCGGUUAGAGACCUGGACCGGUCCAAGGGAAAAGAAGGGGGUCAGCUGACCUCCAUCUCCCCCGCCUCCUCUCAGGGCUCUGGUGGCUGGGAGAAGGUGUUUGAUGAAGUCUCAGGGAGACCUUACUACUUCAACCGCAGCACACGAACCACAUCCUGGAAUUUACCUGAGCCAUCCUCCCCGUCACCCCCACCUGGAUCUGCAACCCACAGGAAGCACGAGGGCGGCCCGCCUCCCCUGCCAGAGGAAGACUAUCCUGUAGGCGACCAUAAAGACAACAACGCCAACUUUAGAACGCAUCCUCAGCAGAGCUUGGGCCUGAUACCCAGAGCUCACCUGGACCUGAAGGAUCCUCAGAUUCCCUCAGUGCCCCAAAGUCUGAUGGGAAAUGGAGUUUGUGAGGACGGAGCAUCGCUGCAGGCCAGGAAGCUGAGAGUCAGCAUGGGAGAAGACACGUGUUCCCAUGGCCACCGGAGGAACUUCUCCGAUCACACUGACAUGAUAAGCAGACACGCCUCCCCCGACAGUCCACAGCUCUCUAAUAGGUGCAGACUGAAGAGGAAUCUGUCCAAUCAGAGCACAGGGUCCAGCUCACAGCAUGGACACCUGCUGGAGAAAGCAGGGAUUCUCAACAAGACUAAAGUGGCUGAAAAUGGAAAAAAGAUCAGGAAGAACUGGAGCCAGUCGUGGACUGUCCUGCAUGGAGGGAUCCUCACAUUCCAUAAAGACCCCCGACCAGCCGGGAAUGCUAGCAAAGCGUCACAGAUUGUUCCAGAAUACACCGUUGAACUCAGAGGAGCUUCGGUGAGCUGGGCCUGCAAAGACAAGUCAUCCAAGAAGAACGUUCUGGAGCUGAAGACACGUCAGGGCUGCGAGUAUCUGAUGCAGUACGACAAGGAGAGCAUCAUCAGCGACUGGCUCAAAGUGCUCCAGGACACCAUCGGACAGCUGGUGCCAGACGGAGCACACAGACCGGACCAGGAGCACCUAUCAGACAGUGAAGACGAUGGUUCUUCAGACAAAGAGGACAAAGACAGGAGAUCGAUAUCGAGCAGGAUCCCAUCAGGAGCUGACAUGGAGCAGACACGAGUUCGGUCCAAACUGCGACGCUUCCUGCAGCGAAGGCCGACUCUGCAGAGCGUCAAAGAGCGAGGAUACAUCAGAGACAACGUCUUUGGCUGCCACCUGGACACUCUGUGCCACCGAGAACACAGCACCAUCCCCAAGUUUGUGGAGAAGUGCAUCAGGACAGUGGAGCGCAGAGGUCUGGACGUAGACGGGAUCUACAGAGUGAACGGAAACCUAGCCGUGAUCCAGAAACUACGACACAAAGCCGACCACGAGGAGCACUUGGACCUGGAGGACGGACAGUGGGAGGAGAUUCACGUGAUCACCGGCGCUCUCAAGCUUUUCCUGCGGGAGCUUCCAGAGCCGCUGUUUCCCUUCAGCGUCUUCGAAAAGUUCAUCGCCGCCAUCCAAGUCCCAGACUACAACCUGAGGGUGUCCUACAUGAAGGAUCUGGUGCAGACUCUUCCUCUACCGAACCACAACACCAUGGAGCUGCUGUUCAGACACCUGCGAAAGGUGAUCGAACACAAGGACUCUAACAGGAUGUCGGUUCAGAGUAUCGCCAUCGUGUUCGGACCCACACUGCUUAGCCCCGAGACUGAGUCGGCAAAUAUGACGAUUCAUAUGGUGUUCCAGAGCCGGAUUGUGGAGCUCUUGCUCAACGAGUUCCCGACUGUUUUCUCAGAGAGCUAAAAGGAAACUCCUGGAAUUUACUCUGCGUCCUGCGAGAACCCUCAGAGGACGCGAGUCUUCCAACACCCUCGAGGACAUUGGACCUACACACCCCCUCCUCUCUGACCCAGGAGCCAAAUGUGGGAAUCUGAGAGGACCACCUGAUACCGAGGGUUGGCUCUGAAACCUCUUCACUCCUCUUUAAAAGGAGCAGACCCAACCUGACGUUUUAUUGGCACCUUAAAACCAUCAAACAUGUGACAACGACAUCGUUUGCCAGACUUGUAGCUCUCUGGACCGAAACACAGGAACUGAUCCUGGGUAAACCUCCAGGACAGGUUUGAAACCAGCAUGUUUGUUUCUCCUUCAAGACAAAAUACCAAAGUGGUGAAUGUCCUGUUAAACCUCUGAAUGCCUCACAGUAAACCAGACUGGUUCAGGACCCUUUGAGAAACUCGUGGAACUCUGAACUCAUCUUCUGUUGCCUUAUUGUUUUGUUUUUUCACUCUGUGGAUGUUAAACUUUGACCCAGGACCUGCUGGCUGUGUUGCCUAGACCCAAAAACCCUUUUUAUAAAUUUCAUAUAUAUAAAAUGUAAAUGUUGAGUAUAUCAUGUCGGCAUCUCAGCAUCACGCCUUAAAUGAGCUAAAACACAGCAGAACAAACAGCAUCCUGAUUGAAUGGCACCGUCUCAGGAUCCUGUGCUUCUUCACUGUACAGACACGAUCCUUCGAAGUAUUUUUAAAUUUUCAGACCCUCCUCUGCAGAUGACUGGAAAUUUACCUUCAAGGUAUGACUUGGUGUGACUUUCUGUGAACCAGAAAGUCACACCAACCCAAAGAGGGUGUACAGAGUCUCCCUGGCAGACUGUGGAGAGCAGCUGCACAUGUGAUCCUGAGAAUCUCCAUCCACCUGUUCAGGUAUAUCUACCAGAGCAGCCACCACUCUGCGCUGCAUUCACUGAUGCUGGGAAACAGAUUCACACGGCAAAAUAAUUUUCUACAUCAGUGUUGAUACCAUGAGUAUGUUUAAGUUAAAUAAAACAUGCAACGUAUUAAACACUGGAUCAAACUCUAGACUUUAUGAUGUGAUGAUCAUAAAUAUGGAGCUUCAUCAGCAGAUGGAACAUUAUAGAAAACGCAUGUGAAACGCUCGACUCCGAACGAGAGGCAGAAGCUUUAUCGACUGUUAAACUGUAGAUCUGAGUGAAAGGAGGCUCCACUGAACACAGAACAAAGGAUUUAAAACUACAUGCGGCCAGGGGUGGAUUUUACAGGACAGUUCUUACUGUUGUAAAUAGUUAUGUAUGUUUUUAUAGCAGUGAGUUUCUAUGCACUACAGAUGCAGAACUAAGUUACUUUGUUAGGGAAGAUAUUCCUUUCAUAUUCCUUUCUGUACAAGAGGGCAUUUUCCUGACUUUAGUUUGAAAUAAACUGUCGUGUAUGACGGUGUCCUGCUGGGUCUGCUUCUCUUCAACACACCCAGAAAUCAAACACAUCAAACUCUUUAUUUAACACAAAUUCACCAAAGGACUAAAACCCCAACCCCAGACAGAAAUACUGUAUAACCUGCAAAGAUGGCUGCUAAAGCCUCGACAAGCCAAAGUGUGAAUCAUCAAAGGUCAACAAAGAGCUGAAGCUUUGGUGGGAGGACUCACAGAUGUGCUGCUCCACGCUUGGUUACUGGCGUUCCUGGCAUCAUAACAAAAAUGACCAAUCACAGUGCAAGCUAGCAAAGCUUCCAUCAGCAAGUUGCAUUAGCCCAGCUAGCUGCCUGUUAGUAACUUUGUUCGCAUUGUGUUGUCCGUAGUCAGUAGCCGCUGUCCCAGUUUAUUUGCAUAAUGUGAUUUCAUUGGCUAACAGCCGCUGAAUAAACACGAAUAAAAGACAAGAGCAGUUAGAAA